AUGCAGGAAACAAUUGUCAGUACGGCUGUUGCAGGAGCCAUAGUUGGUGCUGCAUUUGGAGGAUACAUGAAUGACAAGAUGGGGAGGAAGAAAACUAUCUUAGUGGCUGAUGUGGUGUUCAUGUUAGGUGCAAUAGUUAUGGCUAUUGCUCCUGUUCCUUGGGUUAUCAUUAUUGGAAGAGUUUUAGUCGGUUUAGGAGUUGGUGUUGCAUUCAUGACUGCUCCUCUAUAUAUCUCUGAAGCUUCUCCGGCUAGGAUUCGAGGAGCAUUAGUAUCCGUCAAUAUUUUACUUAUAACAGGUAGUCAAUUUCUCUCCUACCUCAUCAAUUUGGUGUUUACCAAGGCUCCAGGAACCUAG